AUUGUAAUUUUGGGUCUCCAAAUCUCGUCGUCCCUUUCCUUGCAGAGGUCGGCUGCGCCAUGGUUUCGUUUUGAAAAGGUUUGUUUGUUCAGGUUUGGCUGUGAAGGGCGAAGGGCGAAGGGCUCGUUUUUUGUGUGGUCCUUCUGGGUUUAUUGAAGCAGGGGAGGUAAGGAUGGAGGAGGGUUUAGUCGAGAAGAGUCAAGGAACGGAAGCGACGAAAGAUGGGAUUGAUGCGAAUGGGGUUGAAAAUGCGUCAUUCACCGAUUCGAUUGAACAGGAGUGCAGGGAGAGCAGUUCCAGCUCUGAUACAUCGACGUCUGAUACGACCACAAAUGAAGAAAGGAGUAAUAGCAGCUCGGAAGAAUCAUCUUCGGCAUCAUCAUUAGGUUGGCCUAUCAGGAAGGCGGAGGUGCAAAAUUGUUCAAUUUCUGAUGUCAACGAAUCGAAAGAGAAAGCACAUUCGGAGGAUAAGAAAUUAGAGAAACAAACAUCAAUGAUUUCCGAGGUUGCGAUGAUGAAGGAGAGGUUUUCAAAAUUGCUGCUUGGAGAAGACAUGUCUGGAUGUGGGGAAGGCGUUUGCACAGCAUUGGCGAUUUCCAAUGCCAUUACUAAUCUCUGUGCAACACUUUUUGGGCAGCUUUGGAGAUUAGAACCCCUACCUCCUGGGAAGAAAUCAAUGUGGCGAAGGGAGAUGGAGUGGCUUCUUUGUGUCAGUGAUCAUAUUGUUGAAUUGACGCCCUCUUGGCAAACAUUUCCUGAUGGAAGCAAGCUUGAGGUUAUGACUUGCAGACCCCGAUCAGAUCUGUAUAUUAAUCUCCCAGCUCUGCGUAAACUUGACAACAUGCUUCUUGAGAUAUUGGAUAGCUUUAGCAAUACAGAAUUCUGGUAUGUUGACCAAGGGAUUUUAGCUCCAGAUGCUGAUGGAUCAGCUUCUUUCCGUAGACCCCUCCAGCGUCAAGAGGAAAAGUGGUGGCUGCCUGUGCCCCGUGUCCCCCCUAGUGGUCUUCAAGAAAAUUCAAGGAAGCAGUUGCAACACAAGCGUGAGAGCACAAACCAAAUCCUUAAAGCUGCCAUGGCUAUCAACAGCAUUACCUUGGCUGAACUGGAAAUCCCUGAAUCCUACUUGGAUUCUCUACCAAAGAGUGGAAGAGCCAGCCUUGGUGACAUGAUCCACCGGUACAUAACAUCUGACCAGUUCUCUCCCGAAUGCCUUCUUGAUUGCCUUGACCUAUCUUCUGAACACCAGGCUCUUGAAAUUGCUAACCGUGUUGAGGCCUCAAUAUACGUCUGGCGUCGAAGAACAAACUCAAGGUCUAUGACUAAUACAACCCGCUCCGCUUCAAAGUCAUCCUGGGAGAUAGUCAAGGAGUUAAUGAUUGAUGUAGAUAAGAGGGAGUUGCUUGCAGAUCGAGCUGAAAGCCUCUUGAUAUGCUUGAAGCAGCGUUUCCCAGGUCUCCCGCAGACAACCUUGGAUAUGAGCAAGAUCCAAUACAACAAGGAUGUUGGGAAAUCUAUUCUAGAGAGCUACUCCAGAGUUUUGGAGAGCCUGGCAUUUAACAUUGUUGCACGUAUAGAUGAUUUGCUCUAUGUUGAUGACUUGACCAAGCAUUCGGAUGAUUACUCCUCCAUUCCCACUGUAAGUGUGAUUGCUCACAAGAGGGUUUCCAUUCCAUACUCAGUGCCUGUCUCAAGCACUCCAUAUGCAACGGCUUUUACCUCUCCGAGCUUCUCACCUGCACCUCUAGUUAGCCCUGCAAGAGGAGGGAAGUCUCCCUUCCUCAAUGGCAACAAGCCUCAUUACCGUGGAUUUGGAGUAAAGAAAGUCUUGACAGAUUAUCUUGGAGUGGAUUUGAAAGAAAAAAGCUCUAGUAAUUCAGUCGAGGGAUCAGAUACUAGCUCAAGCUCAAUUCAAGAAGCACCAGCAGGUUGGUCUAGAAUGGAAAACGUGGAGAUCCAUAAAGAGGUAGUCAGCCCUCCAACACAGGUCUAAUUUGAGCCAGGACAAGUUGUUUCAUGAUGCCUAUAUGUUUUCCCACGAAGUAAGAGGGUUAACCAUUAAAUAUUGUUUUAUUCUUGUUGAUUGUUUUAUAGUUAAGAGUUGAGUGUUAAAUGGGGUUCUUGCAUUUUGCAGAAUCUGUUUAGGUUGCAAAUAGGUCCUGGGCUUUGAUCGGA